GAGCCACUUUCCUUGUAACUUUUGGAAACUCAGAGAAGUCAGAAACCAUGGUUUGUCGUCUUUCCAACAACCAGAGGUACCUGCUCCUGGAUGGGGACAGCCACCACGAGAUUGAAGUCACACACAUCUCGACAGUGCAGAUGCUCGCAGAAGGCUUCGCCGCUGCAGGAAAAGACAGUCACACUUACACCAGCCUCCCGGGGAACCAGCCUGCCUUGGAAGGAGGCACCGCGCGGGCCACAGGCAUGUCCCUGCAGUACUCGGCACCAGGAUCUGAGGGCACAGCCCAGCUGAAGCUGACUGCAGGGGAAGAUGCCAAUGGCAGCAGGAGGCAGUCGAUGGCGUGGCUGGCAGCCAUGCACAAGGCUGCCAAGCUCCUCUACGAAUCUCGGGACCAGUAACUGCACGUGGGCCAGCCUGUCUGCUGCGAGCGGUGGAGCCUGCUCUCUGCUCACCCUCAUCCCACGUGUGCUAGGAAGACAGCGCGAGACUUCAGAGAAACAGACGUGCUCGCUCACCUAGUGCGACGCACAUGCCGUUUAUUAACGCUCCAAACAGCUUCUGCUUCAGAGCCUGUCUUUUCUUGUUGAUAUUCACGUGGGUGGAGACCCAGCUACACUACUGCUAAACAUUUUUAGCAUAAUCAAUACCAUGUUUCUGUGUGUCCAGGUUUACUAGGAGUUUCUGGCCCCUUGAUGUUCGUUUCAUUAAUUCCUUCACAGGGAUGACGUGGGCAGUGGGGGCCCGGGAGGCUUUGCCACGGCACUAACUAGGGGCUACACACAAACCCUUACACGUCACCACGGGGCGAGCCAGCGUUCCCUUUUGUACUUCUCACUCUUUCACUUUAUUAAGGUAAUUGUAUAACACUUUGUAUAUGAAGCUUGAUUAAACCCUAUUUUGAAAACACGAU